AUGCCAAGCUGCUACCUCUUUCUGGUAGCGAUUCUGGUGUUCACAGUGAAAUUAUGUGAGGCGAUCGCUUUGGAAGACGACUUUUGUACGACAUGGCCUUCGGUUUCGGGCCUGAGGUACUGGUUGCGAACCAGAGACGCGCGUUGUCUGCGCCAGCAACUUGCUCGCGUGCUCGGCUAUGGUGUUGUGGCCGGUGCAGCGCUCGUGAAACUUCCGCAGUUGUUGCGCAUCCUACAGAACCGGUCCGCCGCUGGAAUUUCCGUGGCGACCUACUUGGUCGAGUCUUUUGGUUACGCGUACAACCUGGCCUAUCACUAUCGAGCGGGCUAUCCGUUCUCAACAUAUGGUGACUUUGUGCUGCUUGGCGUGCAGAACUGCCUCAUCAUGGCGCUCAUCUUUUACUUCAACAACCAAUGGUUCCCUCUGGGCCUCCUGACGCUGUCUUCGUAUAUCACGGCAACAGUAGUUGCUAGCUGGUCCCAGCGCGCUGUGCCGCUCGCGGUUCUCGAACGGUUGUGUAGCUUGAACCUUGCGAUCGUCAUCGGUAGUCGUUUACCGCAAAUCCUGGCGAAUGCGCGAAGAAAACAUACUGGAUCUCUGAGUUUGGCGACGUGUCUGGGGCUUUUCGGAGGAGCAACUGCCCGAGUAUUCACGACGAUGCAGCAGGUGCAGAACCAUACGAUUCUCGUCGGAUACCUUGCGAGCGCAUUUCUUAACGGUAUCCUGGUGGCUCAGAUUCUCAUGUAUCGGAAGCAGACUAGAACAACACCCGAGGUUAGCGGUGCUACCAUGCAGGAGACGCGAGCACGCCCACGCAAAUCGAAGACGUCGUAG